AGGGAGGCCCUGAGGGAAAGAGGCUGCGGUUCCCCCCUUCUCCAGGCAGCGCUACACUCACAUCGGCAGAGAGCCUGCUCGCACGCCUGCUGCCUCCGCCCUCUCCUCCGGUUCGCCCCCCCCGGAGGAGACCCCCCCUCACUGAGUGUACGGGGGGUCCUGUGCCCCUUCCCGUGGGGUCCCCUGUCCUAGUGCCGCCCCCCAGCGGUUGUAGGCGGGGGGGCAGAGGAGUGUCCGAAAGGGGGGGGGUUCGCCGCCUUCUCUCCGGCCCCCUCCCCGCCUCCCUCGGCCCAGUCGCCGCAGUACGAUGUGGUCCUCGCCGCUGCGGCUGGGAGCGGGGCGGCUGCUGCUGCUGCCCGUGCGGCGGCUGCUGCGCGGGCACUGAAGGCAGCGAGCGCGCCGGUGUGCGCGAGGGGGGUCGCGGGGAGGCAGCGGCGAGCCGAGCCGAGCCCGCGGGUCUCUCCUCAGCGCCCCUCUCGCCUGAUCUGGAAGGACGCGGCUGUUAUGUGAAGACCUUGUGUGGAUAGUAAUGACCGCACGUUUCCGAUUGCCUGCUGGCAGAACCUACAAUGUACGAGCGUCUGAGCUGGCACGAGACAGACAACAUACAGAGGUGGUCUGCAAUAUUCUUCUCCUGGAUAACAAUGUACAAGCUUUCAGAGUUCAUAAAAACGAUCAGGGACAAGUUUUGUUGGAUAUAGUGUUCAAACAUCUCGAUUUGACAGAGAGGGAUUACUUUGGUUUACAGCUGGCUGACGAUUCCACUGAUAACCCAAUAUUUGAGGUGGAAGGACAGAAUAGAUCCAUGUGGGGCUCCACAGCUGAAUUGGGAGACUACAACCAUUCAGAAAACUUGCCAGGCUACCUCUCAGACUACUCUUUCAUCCCUAGCCAGCCUCAAGACUUUGAAAAAGAAAUAGCGAAAUUACAUCAUCAGCAUAUAGGCUUGUCUCCUGCAGAAGCUGAGUUCAAUUAUCUCAAUACAGCACGUACCUUAGAACUCUAUGGAGUUGAAUUGCACUAUGCAAGAGAUCAAAGUAACAAUGAAAUUAUGAUUGGAGUGAUGUCAGGAGGAAUACUAAUUUAUAAGAACAGGGUACGAAUUAACACCUUUCUGUGGUUGAAGAUUGUAAAAAUUUCUUUUAAGUGCAAACAGUUUUUUAUUCAACUUAGGAGAGACUUGCAUGAAUCUAGAGAAAUGUUACUGGGAUUCAAUAUGGUGAAUUACCGAGCAUGUAAGAAUUUGUGGAAAGCUUGUGUUGAGCAUCACACAUUCUUCCGAUUGGACAGACCUCUGCCACCUCAGAAGAACUUUUUUGCACAUUAUUUUACUUUGGGUUCAAAGUUCCGGUACUGUGGGAGGACAGAGGUCCAGUCUGUGCAGUAUGGUAAAGAAAAAGCAAACAAAGACAGGGUAUUUGCCAGAUCCCCAAGUAAACCCUUGGCACGGAAAUUGAUGAGUGGGAUGGACUGGGAGGUAGUGAGUAGGAAUUCAUUGUCUGAUGACAGGUUAGAAACACAGAGCCUACCAUCACGAUCUCCACCUGGAACCCCAAAUCAUCGCAAUUCUGCAUUUACUCAAGAGGGAUCCCGUUUACGACCAUCUUCAGUUGGACAUUUAGUGGACCACAUAGUUCACACCUCACCAAGUGAAGUUUUUGCAAAUCACAGAUCUCCAUCCUCCACCCAAGCUAAUAGCAUCAUUCUGGAAUCAUCACCAUCCCAAGAGACUCCUAUAGAUGGGCAACCUCCUGCACUACCACCCAAACAAUCGAAAAAGAACAGUUGGAACCAAAUUCAUUAUUCACACUCCCAGCAAGAACUGGAUAACCAUAUUAAUGAAACGUUUGAUGUUCCCGCAUCACCUGAAAAAUCCACACCCAAUGGUGGUGUUCCCCAUGACAAUCUUGUUUUGAUCAGAAUGAAACCAGACGAAAAUGGAAGAUUUGGCUUCAAUGUAAAGGGAGGCUAUGACCAGAAGAUGCCGGUAAUAGUGUCCAGGGUAGCUCCAGGAACACCAGCUGACCUCUGUGUCCCUCGUUUGAAUGAAGGGGAUCAGGUUGUAUUGAUAAAUGGCAGGGAUAUAGCGGAACAUACCCAUGAUCAAGUUGUCAUGUUUAUUAAAGACAGCUGUGAGAGGCAUUCGGGGGAACUUGUGCUCCUAGUAAGACCCAAUGCUGUCUACGAUGUGGUGGAAGAGAAGCUGGAGAGUGAGCCUGACUUCCAGUACAUCCCUGAGAAAUCCCCCCUGGAUGGUGUCCAUCAGGACGAUAAUGCUCUGCGGGAAUCUAUGAUUCAACUAGCAGAGGGGCUUAUCACUGGAACUAUUCUGGCUCAGUUUGAUCAACUGUAUAGGAAGAAGCCUGGAAUGACAAUGUCUUGUGCCAAAUUACCUCAAAAUAUUUCCAAAAAUAGAUACAGAGACAUUUCGCCUUAUGAUGCUACACGGGUUGUUUUGAAGAGUAAUGAUGACUACAUCAAUGCAAAUUAUAUAAAUAUGGAAAUCUCUUCUUCCAGCAUAAUAAACCAGUACAUUGCUUGUCAGGGUCCAUUACCGAACACUUGUCCUGAUUUUUGGCAGAUGACUUGGGAACAAGGUUCAUCUAUGGUUGUAAUGUUGACCACUCAAGUUGAAAGGGGCAGAGUUAAGUGCCAUCAGUACUGGCCAGAGCCUACAGGAAGCGCAUCAUAUGGAAAUUUCCAGAUUACCUGCCAUUCAGAGGAAGGAAAUCCUGCUUAUGUCUUCAGAGAGAUGACACUGACUAACCUUGAGAAAAAUGAAACCCGUCAGCUCACCCAGAUCCAGUAUGUAGCAUGGCCUGAUCAUGGGGUUCCUGAUGAUUCCAGUGACUUCCUGGAUUUUGUGUGUCUUGUACGAAAAAAGAGGGCUGGCAGAGAAGAACCUGUUGUUGUUCAUUGCAGUGCUGGGAUUGGACGGACAGGGGUUCUUAUCACUAUGGAAACAGCGAUGUGUCUUAUUGAGUGCAAUCAGCCUGUUUAUCCAUUAGAUAUUGUGAGAACAAUGAGAGAUCAAAGGGCCAUGAUGAUCCAAACACCUAGUCAAUACAGAUUUGUUUGUGAAGCUAUUUUGAAGGUGUAUGAAGAAGGAUUUGUUAAACCUUUAAAGACAUCGCUGCAUAAAUAAGAGCAAAAGGGCUAGGAUCCAUAUUGAAGUAUCCUGUCCUCUGUAAUAAACUGGCAGCAUUCAUUGUGCCAUAACUCUGAUUGCAGGAAAUGGUGUCGGAGAACAAUGAAGAAUUGAGAAAGGACUUUGAAAACUUCAGCACUGUUGCACUUUAUGUUGAAACAAAAAUCAAUCUCUAAAACUCUAUUACUUACAUGUGUUUGAAGACUUUAUUAUUUUCAUGCUUUGCUCCGAACAAACCAUAAAUUGAAUGAACUGAGUGUGUUCAGGGUAACUUAUGAUAUCUCAUUGUAGUGCCAUAUACUCCCCUUCUGGUCGAAUUGCUACAAACAAGGCUUGGAAUUAUUUCACUCUGGUAUACAACUGCGUCUUUUAAAAACAAAACAAAAAUCUACACUAAGCCAUGGUCUCUUCCAGUGCUAGAUUUAUUUACGGUGUACGGAUCCUCACUUUUGUUUUUAAAAACAUCAGCAAUAUUGCCAAUAUUAGAUAGACACUGCCUACUGAUGCAGCACACUUUGCUCUUCACCCCUAUUAGAGACCAGCUGGUUAUUAGAGGAAAGCUGGAAUCUGUGUUAACCCAGCAGUAGCUGCAUAAUGUCCACUUACCAGCAUCUUGUAAAAUAUAAACAACAUUUCUUUGAACUGAUGGCACAACUUAUUUCUGUGUCAUAACACUGGUGUAUUCCAAAUCAUGUGACUUAACAUUACGUAAUGGGAACUAGUGCAUGCAUUGCGUCUUAACCCCUUAAGUGCCUUGAGACUUACCGAGUAUGUCUAAUGAAAAGGCACUCAUAUGACCCUAUGGGGAAGGUAUUAUCCUGUCAUAUUUAUUUUAAUGGGUUUAUAUUUUAAUACAUGGCCCUUGGUGCUUUGAAUAUGGUACUGCAAGGGGUCACAGAAUACCAUUCCCUUUUUCCUUAUACAAAUACCUGCAUGCUACUGUGGGUAGCAAAUCACACCUACUUAAUGUGUGAGCAUUGUUUGCUGCUGUGAAAUUAUAUGGAAAACCUGACACAUUCCUUCCAAUUGGUAACUUAUUAGCAGCUGAUAAUGAAAAGCCAGUAGGUUGUUAGAACUCGUUUUACCCUACCAUCGCGAAAAUCUGUCUGAUUUAAUUAGAUUAUAACUUUUUAAUACCACUGAUAUUUAAGGUUAAACUUACCAUCAAGUGUGAUUAAUUCCUUUCCAUUAUCUGCUAACCAAUUAUUUUUCUAAGUCUUCAUCUGUUGAUUUCAAGCCAUGUUCGUACUGGACUUUUUAAUUAUUAUUAUUAUUAUUAUUAUUAUUAAAGUAAGGAAUAAAACACUGUCAAAUUGUCCCAAAACUUUAUUUUACUCUCUUAAUGACCCCAGUCAUUUUUUCUGUUAUCGUUGUAUA